AUGAAGACACGUCGUACCUCUGCAGAACCACUCAAGAUCGUUGCCGGAGUGAGAACGCGAAGAACAGCUCGUAUCGGUUCUCCGUCAUCUCGUACGCAAAAUGAUGCUCAACCUGAUGAGGGUGGUAGUGUUCAACCGGUUAUUUCGACUACCGAAAAAUAUGGGCGAAACUUUAACGAACUGGCACGUUUCGUAAGGUCUCGAGGCCACCGCAAUGACACCUAUUCCACCAGCGCCACUGCUAACCAACCUUCCACCUGUGCUGAAGCUCCUGGGACCGGUUCUCAGCCGAUUGGAUCCUCAGUCGUGGCACCAGUUGCUGUAGCUGCUGGACUUUUGCCUGGCAACCCUCCAAACCAAUCUGGAGUUCAAUUGGCAGCGAUGGACGGACGGACCAAGGAGCAGGUGCGACUCCUCUACCAACAGACUUGGCAUAAACUCCGGCGCUACAUAAAGUAUCCGGACGAUGUCCCUCAGCACGUUCGCGAGGUCUAUGCUAUCAUUAAUUGGUCGGUGAUGCGAUUUCGUAUCAAAAAAACACCGACCCAGGAGUUUACAUUGCCUGAGGAUGUGUGGGUGGAGCUGGUUCCAGCUACUCAGAUGGUCGCCUGGAGAGUACUGCAAGCCGAACAAAAUCCUCGUUUGAGACUCAAAACAGACAUCAAUCGGCAACUUUCGGACGUUAUCAGUCUUGCCGAGGCAAAGUGGAUCCUUCCCACCGACUUGAUUCGAUUCCUUCUGUGUCCCUCCGCGGAAACAAAGCCAGAAGAGAAAGGGGGCGUCUCGGAGAAGCUCCUGCUGCGUCUCCAGAGGGAACAUCGACUCGAUGGAGCCAUUAGUCUGCAGGAGGUCUCUCGUACCCGCUCGACCGACAUCGCGCUCAACGCCUACCUCGCACGACGCCAAGCCAGCCAGGACGUUCCCAAGCCCACAGCCGCUGGUGAAGCCGCUGGCGAGGAUGCGCCGGGUGCCAGCGGUACUACAAGCACCUCCACUGCCGCCACCGGUACCUCAAAAGCCUCGGCACAGGAAGGGCAACGUCACCUAGUACCUUCUAGGACAGGCGGUUCUGGUGCCUCGCCCAACUCCACUGCUGUUCGUCUUGAUCUCCGUGGGGUUGGAAAACAGUUAGCCAACGGUGUCACCUUUGAGGAGGCACGGGGUAUCAAGUUGGUGGUCAUCUACCUCGCCCUCGGCUGCCCUGCGCGCAUUCGUUUCGAGUACGACUUUUUACAGUCGAGCUCGACAAGAGCCUCCGCGUCCUCCUCUUACCCGACAUCCUUGCCCAAGGAGGCCAUCGCAAAUGGCGAGGGCAUCACUAACGGCCUUCGUCGCCUCCUUCACCUCAGUGCCAGCGAAUACCUCAACCUCAAAAGCUGGAAUGUACCAGUUCGUUCGACCGCCACUGCCACGACUGUUCAAACCACCACGGUGAAGGCUACGUCAGCAUCAAGGUCGUCAGGGAGACAGAUGAAGGCGCCGACAGCGACGGUUACGAACAAUGUGACUGUGCCAGCACCACUCUCAGAGGCUGAUCCAUCGAUUAAACCGCCUGGUCAGACCGCCGUAACAAAGUCUAAAACCGAGUUUUCGACGCCGGCAUCUCAUGUUCCUGGGGGGCACGAGAUUAUUUUGGUCGGCGAAGGACAAAAGCAAAAGACCAAGAUGGUGGUCGCACGGCAGCUGAACGUGCAACGACCGGUGGUCCCACUGCCCUCUAGCAUUGGCGAUGCCGGUCUCACCAUCCCCCUUAGGUCACCGUCCUCUCCGCGUCCUAUCCUUCCGCUGCCGGUUCCUAAGGUGCCCAUCCCACCGCUUCACUCUUCGGCCGCUGCCACCGCCAGCCUGCCCGUCUGUAAGGCGGCCGCCCCACCGCCUACCACCUCGCUACAUGCGCUGCGUGCCUUCAGUCAGAACCAGGCGCGGCGGGUGCGCAGACACCGCAUGGCCAUGGGCGCCUUGCGCAGAUGUAGAUUCGUCCCCGCUCCCCCGCCGCCUCCUCAACCGCUGCCUUCUGUUGCGGAGCCGUCAACGGUGGAGAGUAUCCCGUUCCAUUUGGCUCAGGGCGUCGUCGUCACCAAUCCGGUCGCAGAAAUACCUGUCACGGGGGCCCCGGUAUUGACCUCCCAAUCAAACCAGGGCGAGAUAAGCCUCCCCUUCUCUAUCGACGCCUGUUCGAAUGUGUCGACAAGCGAUUCGCUUAAGUCACUCCUCAAUGCUUUCAUGGCGAACGCUCCGCCAGGCCUGGACCUGGGAACCCCCACAAAGGAGGUGUCUCAGCCCCUAUCCUCACCCAACUUCCUCCACUUCACGCCCGAAACCCAGGCUACCACCGAUAUGGUCCAUCAGGAGGAUUCCUCUUCUUUUUCAACAUUCAUUAACACCCUUGCAGCUAAUCAACCCACAACCUCGCACCUAAUGGAGUCGCUUUCUUUGAACGAUUCCUUGCAGCAAAAAAUAUACCAGGAUAUGAUACAACCAUCUAGCACCUCGACGCUUGAUCUUCCGUUGCGCUCUAAGCUCCCAGUGUCUGGUGAAGGUGAUGCCACCCAUCCGAGUGCUGAAAUGCACGGCGGGAUAGAAACGAUCAAAAUUGAUGAAGUUCAGUCAAUCUCUCAGGAGCAAUACCUACAACAGCAGCAGCAGCUGGGAGAGGAAGAACAGCAGAACUUACUGCAAAUGCCUCGAGAGAAGCAAAAUCAAACGGCGCCGAAGACCUACGCAAUUGGUUUGAGACAUAUAUGA